GGCAUGAAUCCAGGGAGUGUCAGCCUACAAUCCCACCGUCAGAGAGUCUGGGAAACAGGGAAGAACCAUAAGAGAGAUAUGCAUGGUACUGCCAAAGAAGUGGAAUGGGACAGCAUCUUCUGGGUGAACUGGGAUCAUGGGAUUGAGAAGAAGGAGUUGGGAUGAAGCAAAGGGGAGCAGAGAAGGAGAGAGUAGGACAUGGGGGCUCAGGAAGGUUGUGUCUGGGGAAGAGUAAAGGAGAGCAGGAUAAGAGAUACCAUAAGAGAAGUGGUCAUUAUAGAUUUGAGGAAAGAUCUGGUACUAAUGAGAUUUCCAGAGAUCUACAAAGAUGACACCAAUUGGCAAUCUAAGAACCUCCCCCACUCUGGCAUCUGUGCUAAUUAUGCUCUGUGGUUCAAGGUUCUGUGUCACCUAGGAGUCUGGGCAGCAUCUUAGCAUCUACCCACUAGGUCCAGCACAGUCUUCCCACCUGAAAACCCUGCAUGUACUCCAAGUGACCAAAUGUCUCAUGGAAGAUUGAACCCUUCUAGAGGACAAAUUCUAACCUAAAACUGAUGACUGAGAGCAUUUUCAGUAAACAUUGCCUAUUUUAUCACUUGCCCUCUCAGUAAUUUCAAUUUUUAUGUCUAUGAAAACCAUUUUAAAAAUAAUUCUACAGCAUCUAGUAUUUCAAGGCUGUCUCCCAUCCCAGUUCUAGAAGUGAUAUGCCUUUGCUUCUGUGAACAGACCAGAUCAUGUGCAUUCAGAAUGGUGUGGCUCUGGACUCUGAAGGGAAAACUGGCUCAUAACUAUUAUUAGAUGCAUAUCCAUUGUAUUCUGUAUCUGUAUUCUGGAUAUGUACCUAAAUUAAAUGACAUGACAUUCUAACCUCAGCCCACAGAGAAAAGAUUCUCUAAACAAGGCUCUUAAACUUACCAAAAUUUUCAUAAAUCAAGGAAUAAAUGACAGUCCUGAAUUUAUAAUCCUAGUGUAAGUAUCCUAAAUGCCUGUAAAACUCUUCUUGAAUCUGAGCAUUGUAGUAGCUUCUCACAGUUUAUUAACGAUGUUUUUCUCCCUUGAUGAAGACAGAUAUCACCCUCCAAGUCUACAAGGAUGUGUGUCAUCCAGACUUCAAAUCAUGAGAAUUCCAGAAAAUCUAGCAAACACAGGAAGUUAGGCAUGAAAGAAAAUUAAGAGUGGAGGUUGUGCAAACAUGAUAAUGGUGUUUGCUUUCUGAAAGGCAGAUUCGUGAAGGAGUAAUAAGGACUGAGAUUGCCUGCUUCUCACCACGUCUCAUGGGACUAUAACAUGAACAGGAGAAUUUCUUUUCUGCUCAUGCCAGUGAUCCCCAGGGAAAUCAGUUAGUUGCUUAAGGCUUGGAAUUGUGUAAUGAGAAUACAGGGAGCAUAAGGCAUCACCCCUUGUCCUCAUAGGAGGCAAUUCUCAGAUGGACAGGUUAAACUAUUUCCAUUUACAGUUCAUUUGUGGAUUAGGGACCACUUCUUCCUUCAUUCUCAAAGUCUUUUCUGGAGUCAAAGAAAUCCAUCCAGGGAAGAAUCAAGACCUCUACAGAGGGAACUUCAAAGAGCACCAAUCCAGCUGACUCUGAGUAGGUACAUCUGUAAGUGUAUGAAGACUGGAAGAUAAAAUGUACCUGAUGCCCCCAAGAAUCUAGCCACGCUAGUGUGGGGCUGAGGGGUGGGCAGUUUGUUUUUGUUUUGUUUUGUUCUUUGUUUUUCUUUCUCAGUGUUUGAGGAAUCCUACCUAGUUUUUGUUUGCAUCUAUAUGUAUGUGUAUAAGGCAGAUAUAUGGAAUGUCUAAAUCUUGGGUAAUAUACUCUGUCAGCAAUUCAUUGCAACAUUCGCCAGCCCAGUGCUUCUUUACCUGGGGAUAUCUGCUAUGUUCUUAGUAAUAACUGCUUUUUAUGCUUUUUGUUUUUUCAAGUCUCUUUUUAAAACUAGUUUUGCAUUAUGUGGUUGAUUCAAUCUCUCUAUAGCAAUCAUCUCUUGCCAUUUUCUGCAGCAUAGUCCUUUCUUUUGAGCAGACAAAACUUAGCUGUAUCAAGGAAAAGUGAGAAAGAAUUCCUGAGAGCAAGCAGGGCUCCCAAGAAGGCAUUUUCACAACAUAUUCCUUUGCACUCAACUGAAGUUCAUCUACAUAUGUUCAUCAGGAUGAUUUUUUUAAAUCAUGGAACCACCAUGUAGCCUAGACUGCUUUCAGACUCACUAUAUUCUUGCCUUAAUUUCCUUAGCACAGGGAUUACAGGCACGUGCAACCAAUCUGGUUCCUGGGCCCAUAUUUUAUAGCCCUACAAGUUUUCAUGGUAUUUAUAGAUGUUCCAUUUUGUACAAUUGGAAUAAGUUAUUUUAAGGGAAAGGUGAAAUACUUUGCGUGAUGCUGAAAUGUUAAGAUUUUCCAGGUGCAGAGGAUUCUUCAAGUUUGUGCUCCCUCUUUUGCUUCUGCUGUAAGCCGCUCUAUUGGAACAUUAAAACCUGUCUCUGUGCAACGUAUGAGAUGGGAAGUCACUCACAGCACAUGAAACAACAAAAUGAUACUCAAGGCUCACAGUUUCUCCUUCUGGGACUUUCAGAAGACCCGGAGCUGCAGCCCCUUAUAUACAGGCUCUUCUUCUCCGUGUACCUUGUGACCAUUUUGGGGAAUCUUCUUAUCAUCCUGGCCACAAUCUCAGAUUUCCACCUGCACACAGCCAUGUACUUCUUCCUCUCCAACCUGUCCUUUGUGGACAUCUGCCUGUCUUCUACCACCAUCCCAAAGAUGCUGGUGAAUGUUUAUACACAACACAGGACCAUAACUUAUGAAGGCUGCAUCUUGCAAAUAUAUUUUUUCAUAUUAUUUUUAGGGCUUGAUAACUUCCUCCUGACUGUAAUGGCUUAUGACCGCUUUGUGGCCAUCUGUCACCCCCUACACUAUACAAGCAUUAUGACACACAAGCUCUGUGUGUCACUAGUUCUAGUGUCUUGGAUCACAAGUUCCCUGAAUUCUUCAUUACAAGGCUUCAUGGUCCUGCAGCUUUCCUUCUGUGCUAAUGUGGAAAUUCCACAUUUUUUCUGUGAACUUAGCAUGCUGGUUCACCUUGCCUGUUCUGACACCUUCCUAAAUGAUGUGGUAAUGAAUGUUUUAGCUACACUCUUGGGUGGUGGUUGUCUCACUGGCAUCCUUUACUCUUAUGCCAAGAUAGUGUCCUCCAUAUGUGCGAUCUCCUCAGCUCAGGGGAAGUACAAAGCAUUCUCCACCUGUGCUUCUCACCUUUCAGUGGUCUCUUUAUUUUACUGCACACUCCUGGGAGUGUACCUCAGUUCUUCUGUGACCCAGAACCCACACUCCACUGCAAUAGCUUCACUGAUGUAUACAGUAGUCACGCCCAUGCUGAACCCCUUCAUCUACAGUCUGAGGAACAAUGACAUCAAGAGAGCACUGAAGAAGAACUUUGUGAGAGAGAAAUUAGAAAAGUGAGUAUCGUAUUGGAUCUUAAGUUUCAAAAAAAGCAAUCCCAACUUAAGGGCUGAAAAGUUUGAAAUGUCUUCUCUGAGUCUUGGGCUGGUACACCAAUCCCACUGCCAAGACUGAGAGAUCGUUUUUUUGGAAAAUGGGAAGGCAGAGAUUAAAAGCCUGAGGCAGUGGAUGACUACAAGGGGACAUUAUCUUCUAGGCCCAGCAAGACAUCCGUAUAUAUGAACUCAAAGAAGUUGCAACGUCAUGCACAAAAUCUGUCCAAAUCCAAGCCAGACCAAACCCAAGUGUAAAGGGGAAGCGACACACAAUUCCAGCCCUCAGAGUGCAGUUGUUUUUAGCUGCUAGAAGGAGAGAUGGUUUCCCCUGGUGAUUUGAUCACUCUCCAGUGGAAGGCCACACCUGUAAGAGUAUUGAAGCAGCACAAAUUAGUCCCAGAGCAUUUAAAAAUAAGGAACACAGAUCUGAAUGGAUAUGGAAUGGGUAGGUGGAUGUGAAGAGCUGAAGAAGGGGGCUCGUAUGGCCAAAGCACAUGUGAGACCCCCAAAGAAUUAAAUAGAAGAGAAAUCCCAUUUCUGGGUGCAAUGACAGAAGCGGGGGUUGUUACUUUUAUGUAUUUUCUGCAGUUUCCAUUUAUUUGAUUUCAAAUUUUCUAUGAAGUAGAUAGUUCUCCUGUAAGCAUGCUGCUUUUCCCAGUACCUAAGUUCCCCGUUUACAACUUCCAGACUUUCUCAACCUUGUUCCCAGUCGCAAAUAACAUGUAUCUUAAAAGAUCUCCAUCUAUUUCAUACAUGAAUUCCUUUUUAAAACUUAUUUUCUUUCUUUCUUUCUUUUUUUUUUUUUUUGGUUUUACGAGACAGGGUUUCUCUGUUUUGGAGGCUGUCAGUCCAGCCUGGCCUCGAACUCACAGAGAUCCGCCUGCCUCUGCCUCCCGAGUGCUGAGAUUAAAGGAGUGCACCACCAACUCCCGGCAAAACUUAUUUUCAUUUUUUAAAUUAGCAUAAAAGAUACGUUACGGCAUGCUCAAGCAAAGUGUGUUUUAAUAGAACUUUCCUGUCCCAUUUCUCCCACCCACUGUUAUCUCUAACAGACCAUGGAGCCUCCCUCAGUCUCUCCCUCUUUCAUGUCACACACGCCCUUGAAAGAUGUCCCCAUCUUUCCUCAGAGAAUGUUUUUACCAUCUCCUGGUCUCCUUUCACUUCUGAGUAAUUUAUAUCAAUAUCUUGGAAAAUAAAGUCAUUUUUCUCAUGGUAUUACUAAAACAAGGUCUUUUGCUGGGCUUCUCCUCUGUGCCCCUUCCCCUGCAGGAUAACUCACAUCUGACCCCGAUGGCCAUUUGCAUAGUCGUAGAUGGCAGCUGAGAUUGUGAAGGCCCCUCCUGCCUUCCUGCAUCUCUUCCUGACUCUGCAUCUUCUAACAGGCUUCUGUGCUCUGUGUUUCAGCAAGGAUUUUUUUCUUUGCAUGGCAAUUUGUUCUCUUCUUCAGUUCUGCAUCCACAACCCUCACCACAGUUAUUGGGACACAGUUAUUAUCAAACACACAUAAUGAGAAAAAUAAAUUUUUAGUAAAUUGAUUUCCUUGGCCUCUGAAUGGUAGUGGACAUUAUACAAAGUGAUAUAAAUAACAUGCAUCAUACAUUAAGUCUCCAUGAAAACAUUUCUUUGUUAUACAAUAAAUAUAGCCAUUGAAAUAUAAGAGUUCUGCCAUAUUAAAAUAACUACUCUGAAUACUGAUUGAUAUUUUGAAAGGUAUUUGCCUGCAUCUAUGUGUGUCUGUGUAUGAGGUUGUGUACAUGACUGCAUGGGCCAAAGCUAAGAGAUGAUUUCAGAUCUGGAGCUAGGGUUAUGGGAAGUUGUGAAUCUCUUGAAUUCAGUACUGGUCCUCUGGAAGAGUGACAAGUGACCUAAACAGGUGAGCCAUCUCUCAGCCUCUGACUGACAUGUUUAUAUUGUUAUUAAAGUUAACAUUUUGGUUUUUCUCUAGAACUUGUAUUUUUCCAGAAACUUGAGUGCUCUCAAGUUAUAAGUAAAAUUUUCUCACAAUUCUGAAUUUUGAAGUUGUCAGUAGAGGGGUAAUUUAUUAUGUGUCUUCUUUAUGCUCACAGAUCACUUUUGUCAUCAUGAUAAAAACACAAUCUGUAAGAGAGCUUAAUUUCCCAUCCAGACAUGCAAUUUUGGUUCACUAGCUUUCCUAUACAAAUAUGAAAAUUCUUUAUUAUGGGAAAAAAUCUCCAUGUAGCAAUGUCUAAAUAUAGACUCUUGGUCAUACUUGCAAAACGAAUGCUGAAUAUUGUCUUCUGUUUUCACAGAAGAAUCCUAUGUAAAAUGUCACACAGUUAUCCUCAUGUCCAUUGGUUAUGGUAAGGGUUUGCUUUUGCUGCAGAACAAGAAUUGCUAAUAACAAAUAUUUUGAUGAAAUGCCAAUAUUUUCAAUAAAAUAAUAUGAUAGGAGA